UCCUGAAGGCUUCCCAAAGUUCCAGUUGCUGAACAUUAUUUCAAAGUAUCAGAAGGCAAUGAAAAUGAAAAGCAUUUAUUUUGUGGCUGGAUUGCUUUUAAUGAUCAUUCAAGGCAGCUGGCAAAAUCCUCUUCAAGACACAGAAGAAAAAUCCAGAUCAUUCAAAGCUUCCCAGACUGAACCAUUAGAUGAAUCUAGACAGAUGAAUGAAGUAAAACGUCAUUCACAAGGCACAUUCACCAGUGAUUACAGCAAGUACUUGGACACUAGACGAGCUCAGGAUUUUGUGCAAUGGUUAAUGAGCACUAAAAGAAGCGGACAACCAGCACUGAAGGAGAGAGAGAAUGAAAAAUUCCUGGAUGAACUUGCAAGCAAUGGACUCUCAAAGCGUCAUGCUGAAUUUGAGAGGCAUGCGGAGGGCACCUACACUAGUGACAUCACCUCUUAUUUGGAAGGUCAAGCUGCCAAAGAGUUCAUUGCUUGGUUAGUGAAUGGACGAGGAAGAAGAGAUUUCUCAGAAGAAGCUAAUGCAGUUGAAGAAGUGGACAGAAGACAUGCUGAUGGCACUUUCACCAGUGAUUUCAACAAAAUUCUUGAUGACAUGGCUGCCAAAGAGUUCUUAAAAUGGCUGAUUAACACAAAAGUUACUCAGAGGGACCUUUUGGGGGAAUACCAGUGAAAAUAUAAAACAAUUAUGGGACAAGUCAAGAUCUUCACUGCAUCAGCUGCUGGUCACCAGGGAAUUCUGAAAUUUGUGUUCUAUAAACUAUAUGGAGUGUAACCUAAAGCCAUAUCGCUUUGCAUGCUAAGAAAUGAAUUUUACUAUAGUGUAGUAUUGCCAAAGGAUUAUAUAUGAACAAGAUGUUUUCAAAAAGACACACAAAAUAACAGCUUUAAGAAUACAAAAAUGCCUCAUCUUCAUAUUUUCCAUUUAUUUUAGGGCCAAAAUAUCUCUAUUUACAUUUAGCAAUUAAAUUAUUUUUCUAUGAAGUCAACUUGUACAUAGGAUUGAUUUGAAACACCAAAUAUCUGCAUUAUAAGAAAGAGGCUGGCAGUCACAAAUGUCUGAGAAGUGAACUUCCCUCUUGAAACCUUUGUUAUAAAAAGGCUAAGCUUUCAGGAUAUUAAAUGAUAGCCUUAAAUAAAUUUUUUCAAGCUUCUUUUUUUGUUGUCUUUGUGCAUGUGUGUGUCCUUUUUGUGACUUUGAAGAAAACAAGAUUGUUUAAAUCUAAGGAAUUCAAGUGUCACAGAGCUUCAAAGUGAUUCAUUUGUAAUGCUGUGCAUAAAUUUAGCCCUUGUUUCCUGACAUUUUCAUGAUAAAUUAUUUCCUCUUGUGAAUGGCUUUCAUUAAAUG